AUGAAUUUCAACGCUUCCAGAAAUGUGGGCCAGGGUGGUGGAAUCCGUAAGGCCAAGCGAGUUAGCGAUGUAGCAGCGAUGGGGGCGCCGUCGCCCAGUCCUGCCUUCAGCCCCGCACCAGCAUACAAUGCAGGGUUCCAGCCUGCGGGCCCCCCUCCACCAUAUCAAGAAGGGAUUCAAUUAGAUGCCUCACAAGACUUUAGCAAUGCAGCACCUCCACCUGGAAAUUUUGGUUACAUGGGUGGGUACCCUCAGACCCCUAUGGUGAACCCAGCCCAGUUGGGGUCAAUGCUGCACCAACCCAUUGUGCAGGAUAUGGCUCUGCAGUACGGCAAUCAGUUGGCAGCGCAGGGCCGCGAGGCAGUGCAGCGGGAGAUAAACAAAUAUGUCCCGGUUUCACGCCUGAGAUACUACUUCGCGGUGGACACACGGUAUGUGCUGCGGAAGUUGCUGCUCAUCAUAUUCCCCUACACACAUAAGGAAUGGAUGGUGAAAUACGACCAGGACACGCCGGUGCAGCCUCGCUACGACAUCAACGCGCCGGACCUGUACAUACCCUCCAUGGGUUACGUCACAUAUGUACUGCUUGCUGGAUUCAUGUUAGGUCUGCAGCAUAGGUUCUCUCCAGAACAGAUAGGCAUGCAGGCAUCCUCGGCGCUAGCAUACAUAAUCUUCGAGAUGAUCAUGUACCUGGUCACCUUGUACGUCACCAACACCAGCACACACCUGAAGACGCUGGACCUGCUGGCCUUCUCCGGGUACAAGUACAUCAUCAUGAUCGGCAGUCUACUGGCCAGUCUCAUGCUAGGCAGGACUGGCUACUACUGCACUCUGGUGUACACCAGUUUUGCGUUGUCUUAUUUCUUGGUGAAGACUCUCCGACUACAAGUACUAUCAGGGUCGCACGCGAGCGAGGCGGCGGCGGCGCCGGCGUACGGGUACGGCGCGGGCGGGUACAGCGCCAACCCGUACGCGGACAGUUGGAGCAAGCCGGCGGCGGGCGGCAGCAAGCGGCGCGUGUACUUCUUGUUGUUCGUGGCCCUCAUGCAGCCGCUGCUGUCGUGGUGGCUGACGUACCACCUGGCGCCCUCAGCGCCCACAGUCGCAGCGACGCUGGCGCCCGGAGUGGCGGCGCCCCUGUCCCCCGCGCGAUAG